GCCCCUAAGCUGUCACAGCACCCACUUCCUAGGGAGGUUGACGGGAUGCGUUAAAGAUGGCUCGCAGAAUUGGAUGCGACGCGAAUUCCGUCCCAUUCAUUUUGGAAUAACAUUGGCGAAACCUAAAACAACCGGCGGACGACAGAAGCGAGGGCUCUGCGGCGUAAGAGCCGCCGCUUGCUUGUCUUCGUACCGGCGGACCGGCGUCUCGCGAGCCGCUCGCGCCCGGUUUUGUUUACGACGCGCGCCCGCCGCUCGUGCGCCUAUUUGUAAAUAUCGUACUGGCGGAAAAUGGCCACCAUGGAGAAGCUGAUGAAGGCCUUCGAAUCGCUGCGCUCAUUCCAGCAGCAGCAGGGACCGCCGUCGGCCGAGGAGCUGGUGCAGAAGCAGAAGAAGGAUCUUACCACCACCAAAAAGGACAGGGUGACUCACUGCCUGACGAUAUGCGAAAACAUCGUGGCCCAGUCCCUGAGGACCUCCCCGGAGUUCCAGAAGUUGCUGGGCAUCGCCAUGGAGAUGUUCCUGCUGUGCAGCGACGAUGGCGAGUCCGACGUCAGGAUGGUGGCGGACGAGUGCCUCAACAAGAUCAUCAAGGCGCUCAUGGACUCCAACCUUCCCCGUCUUCAGCUCGAGCUGUACAAGGAGAUUAAGAAGAACGGCGCCUCACGGAGCCUCAGGGCGGCGCUGUGGAGAUUCGCGGAGCUCGCCCACCUCAUCCGGCCGCAGAAGUGCAGGCCCUACCUGGUGAACCUGCUCCCCUGCCUGACGCGCAUCAGCAAGAGACCCGAGGAGACCGUGCAGGAGACUCUGGCCACCGCCAUCCCCAAGCUCAUGGCCGCCCUGGGGAAUUUCGCCAAUGACAACGAGAUCAAGGUGCUUCUGAAGGCGUUCGUGGCCAACCUGAAGUCCAGCUCAACCACCAUCCGGCGCACGGCAGCCAGCUCCGCCGUCAGCGUGUGUCGGCACUCCCGCCGGCCCCAGUACUUCUACACCUGGCUGCUCAACGUGCUCCUCGGUCUGCUGGUCCCUGUGGACGACGAGCACCCCAGCCCCCUCACGCUGGGGGCUCUGCUGACACUGCGCUAUCUGAUGCCCCUGCUGCAGCAGCAGGUGAAGGACACCACCCUGAAGGGCAGCUUCGGGGUGACACGCAAGGAGCCAGAUAUCUCGCCCACGCCCGAGCAGCUCGUCCAGGUGUUUGAGCUCACGCUGCAUUACACGCAACACCGCGACCACAACGUGGUGACGGCUGCGCUGGAGCUGCUGCAGCAGGUGCUGCGCACGCCCCCGCCAGAGCUGCUCCGCGUGCUCAUCACCGCCGGGAGCGUGCAGCGCGUCGGCGUGUCCCGCGAGGAGGCCGAGAGCCGGGCACGCAGCGGCAGCAUCCUGGAGCUCAUCGCCGGAGGAGGGUCUUCAUGCAGUCCGCUUCUUCUCAGGAAACAGAAAGGCAAGCUGCUCUCCGGAGAGGAGGAGGGGCUUGAGGACGACUCUGAGAGCAGGUCAGAGGUCGGCACAGGAGCCUUCACUGCCUCCGUGACCGGCGACGGCGCUGACGCUCCCUCGGCCUCCCUGGCCCCGGCGGACAUCAUCACGGAGCAGCCGCGCUCCUCCCAGCGCGGCCUGCAGCCCGGCGACUCUGUGGAGCUGAGCGCCUCCUCGGAGCAGGGCUCUCCCGGCUCACCUGAGGAGGAGGAGGAGGAGGACGCGGGGGAAGAAGAGGUGCUGAGCCCCAGCUCCGGCCCGGCCAGCGGCUCCGGCGGCCCCGAAGGCGCCCUGCCUGCCUCGUCGCCCCCCAGCGACAGCUCCCAGACCACCACCGAGGGCCCCGACUCAGCUGUCACUCCCUCCGACUGCGCCGAGCUCGUUCUGGAUGGCAGUGAGAGCCAGUACUCGGGGAUGCAGAUCGGUACACUUCAGGAUGAAGAGGAGGAAAACGCAAACACCACUGCUGAGGAGACCUUGGAGUCCCUCUCCAGAACUGCCCUUGUGUUGAGCAAGCCUCACCUCCUAGAGAACAAAGGGCACAGUCGGCAGUCGUCCGACAGCAGCGUGGACAGACUGGUGCUCAAGGAAGAGGUGGUGGAGCCCACAGAGCUGGAGAACAAGCCUUCGAGGAUAAAAGGAGAGAUCGGACACUACACAGACCCAAGGGCCGAGCCGCUGGUGCACUGUGUCCGCCUCUUGUCUGCAUCCUUCCUGCUCACGGGACAGAAAGAUGGCCUGGUGCCAGACAAGGAGGUGCGGGUGAGCGUGAAGGCGCUGGCGGUGAGCUGCGUGGGGGCGGCCGCCGCCCUGCUCCCCGAGGCCUUCUUCAGCAGCCUGUACCGAGAGCCUCUGGAGGGGCUGCCGUCGGACGAGCAGCAGUACGUCACCGACAUCCUGAGGUACGUCGACCACGGAGACCCGCAGAUCCGGGGAUCCACCGCCAUCCUGUGUGGGACUGUCAUCCAUUCCGUCCUCACCAAGACCCGGUUCAACGUGGAACCCUGGUUGGUUGCGGUGAAAACCUCAACGGGAAACCCCAUGUCUGUGGUGGACCUCGUGCCUCUGCUGCAGAAGACCUUAAAGGACGAGUCUUCUGUCACUUGCAAGAUGUCUUGCGCCGCCGUUAGGCACUGCAUCAUGGCCCUGUGCUGCAGCAGUUUCAGUGAACUGGGCCUGCAACUGGUCAUCAACCUCCUGACCCUGAGGGACUGCUCCUAUUGGCUGGUCAGGACCGAGCUGCUGGAGACGCUCGCCGAGAUGGAUUUUCGGUUAAUAAGUUUCCUGGAGAGGAAGACGGAGCAUUUGCAUAAGGGGGACCACCAUUACACUGGGCUGCUGAAGUUACAGGACAGGGUGCUGAACGAUGUCGUCCUAUACCUCCUGGGUGAUGAGGACCCGCGAGUGCGUCAUGUGGCCGCAGCCACGGUCGGCAGACUCGUCUCCAGGCUGUUCUACGACUGCGACCAGGGCCAGGGAGACCCAGUGGUGGCCAUCGCUCGGGACCAGAGCAGCGUGUACCUGCAGCUGCUGAUGCACGAGAACCAGCCCCCAUCCCAGUUCACAGUCAAUACCAUCACCAGGACGUACAGAGGGUACAGCCUCUCCCCACACUCAUCUGACAUCACCCUGGAAAACAGCCUGUCCCGCGUGAUCACGGCCGUGUCGCACACCCUCACCUCGUCCACCUCCCGCCCCCUCACGUUCGGCUGCUGCGAGGCCUUGUGCCUGCUGUCCUCCGCCUUCCCAGUGUGCACCUGGAGCGUGGGCUGGCAUUGUGGCUAUAUCGGCUCCUCCACCAAUCAGCAAAGCCGCUCGAGUCUCUACAAGAACAGGAGUCGUUCCUUCAGCCAGUCCCAGCCUGGUUCAGGUGACGAUCUGAAGAAGACCUGCACCGUGGGCAUGGCUAACAUGGUGCUGUCGCUGCUGGCAUCUGCCUGGUUCCCGCUCGACCUCUCCGCCCACCAGGAUGCCCUGCUCCUGAUGGGCAACCUGCUCGCAGCCGCUGCUCCCAAAUGCAUGAGGAGUCCCUGGUUGGGGGAGGAGGAGUCCGCCUCCGGGAGCGGCAAGCAGGAGGAGGCGUGGCCGGCGCUGGGAGACCGCGCCGUGGCGGCUAUGUUGGAGCAGCUCUUCUCCCACCUGCUCAAGAUCAUCAAUAUCUGCGCGCACGUUGUGGAUGAGGUGGCCCCGGGGCCUGCGGUGAAGGCCACCCUCCCCUCGCUGUCCAACACGCCGUCACUGAGCCCCAUUAGGAGGAAGAGCAAAGAGAAGGAGCCGGUGGAAACCAACGCCACCCCCAUGAGUCCCAAGAAGAGCGGUGACGGCAGUCAGGCCAGACCCACGGAGGGUACGGGGCCUGCCACUAUCAACAAGUCCACCUCGCUGGGCAACUUCUACCACCUGCCCCCCUACCUGAAGCUCUAUGACGUGUUGAAGGCCACCCACACCAACUACAAGGUGACACUAGACCUUCACAAUCCCAGCGAGAAGUUCGGCGGUUUCCUGAGGUCGGCGUUGGACGUGCUGUCCCAGCUGCUGGAACUGGCGACACUGCAUGACAUUGGAAAGUGUGUAGAAGAAAUCCUGAGCUACUUGAAGUCUUGCUUCUCCAGAGAACCUACCAUGGCCACAGUGUGUGUGCAGCAGCUUCUCAAGACCCUUUUUGGAACCAACCUGGCCUCCCAGUAUGACGGCUCCUCGUCGAACCCCAGCAAGUCCCAGGGCAAGGGGCUGCGACUGGGCUCCUCCAGCCUGCGGCCAGGACUCUAUCACUACUGCUUCAUGGCCCCCUACACGCACUUCACCCAGGCGCUGGCCGACGCCAGCCUGCGCAACAUGGUGCAGGCCGACCUGGAGCAGGACGCCUCCGGGUGGUUUGAUGUGAUGCAGAAGGUGUCCAACCAGCUUAGGUCAAGCAUCGCCAAUGUCACCCGACACAGGGGGGAGAAGAACGCCAUCCACAAUCACAUCCGGCUCUUUGAGCCGCUGGUCAUCAAGGCUCUAAAGCAGUACACCACCAGCACGUCCGUCCUCCUGCAGAAGCAGGUCCUGGAUCUGCUGGCACAGCUCGUGCAGCUCCGUGUCAACUACUGCCUGCUGGACUCGGACCAGGUGUUUAUUGGCUUUGUUCUCAAGCAGUUUGAGUACAUUGAGGUGGGACAGUUUAGGGAUUCCGAGGCCAUCGUACCCAACAUUUUCCUCUUCCUGGUGCUGCUGUCCUACGAGCGCUACCACUCCAAGCAGAUCAUCAGCAUCCCAAAGAUCAUCCAGCUGUGCGACGGCAUCAUGGCCAGCGGGCGCAAGGCUGUCACCCACGCGAUCCCCGCACUGCAGCCUAUCGUCCACGACCUGUUCGUACUGCGCGGCUCCAACAAGGCGGACGCUGGCAAGGAGCUGGAGACCCAGAAGGAGGUGGUGGUGUCCAUGCUUCUGCGUCUCAUCCAGCACCACCAGGUUCUGGAGAUGUUCAUCCUGGUGCUGCAGCAGUGUCACAAGGAGAACGAGGACAAGUGGAAGAGGCUUUCCCGGCAGAUCGCUGACGUCAUACUGCCCAUGAUCGCCAAGCAGCAGAUGCACUUGGACUCCCACGAGGCCUUGGGAGUGCUGAACACGCUGUUCGAGACGGUGGCCCCUUCUUCGCUGCGGCCUGUGGACAUGCUCUUGAAGAGCAUGUUUGUCACCCCCAGCACCAUGUCGUCUGUGGGCACGGUGCAGCUGUGGGUGUCGGGCAUCCUGGCCGUGCUGCGCGUCCUCAUCUCCCAGUCCACCGAGGACAUCGUGCUGUCCCGCGUCCAGGAGCUGUCGCUGUCCCCCUUCCUCCUCUCCUGCGCCACCAUCCAGCUUCUCCGCCAGGACGCCGCCCCGGCGCCCUGUAGCGAGGAGAUCAACGGCGACUCUCAGCGGCACCUGCCGGAGGAGACCUUCGCUAGGUUCCUGCUGCAGCUGGUUGGGGUCCUGCUAGACGACAUCUCCACCAAGCAGGUGAAGGUGGAUAUGAGCGAACAGCAGCACACCUUCUACUGCCAGCAGCUGGGGACCCUGCUCAUGUGCCUCAUCCAUAUCUUCAAGUCAGGGAUGUUCCGGAGAAUCACGGCGGCGGCCACCAAGCUGCUGAAGGCCGAGGGGGCCGAGACCACUUUCUACACGCUGGAGGGCUUGAACAGCGCGGCUCAGAGCCUCAUCCCCACGCACCCCGCGCUGGUGCUGCUGUGGUGCCAGAUUCUGCUGAUCAUCAACUACACCAACUACGCAUGGUGGUCUGAGGUGCAUCACACCCCCAGGAGGCACAGUCUGUCCUGCACUAAGCUGCUGAGCCCCCAGCCGUCCGGAGACGGGCCAGAGGACAGACCGGAGGCCAGGCUGGCCGUCUGUAACCGGGAGGUGGUCCGCAGGGGCGCGCUCAUCCUCUUCUGUGACUACGUGUGCCAGAACCUGCACGACUCGGAACACCUGACCUGGCUCAUCGUGAACCACGUGCGAGACCUGAUCCGCCUUUCCCAUGAGCCUCCGGUACAGGACUUCAUCAGCGCCGUGCACCGCAACUCCGCGGCUAGCGGCCUCUUCAUCCAAGCCAUCCAGUCGCGCUGUGAAAACCUCUCCACGCCCACCAUGCUGAAGAAGACACUGCAGUGCCUGGAGGGGAUCCACCUCAGCCAGUCGGGGGCACUGCUGAUGCUGUACGUGGACAAGCUGAUCAACACGCCGUUCCGCGUGCUGGCGCGCGUGGUGGACACUCUGGCCUGCAGGCGCGUGGAGAUGCUGCUGGCCGAGACCUUGCAGAACAGCAUAGCCCAACUGCCCCUGGAGGAGCUGGACAGGAUCCAGGAGUACCUUCAGAGCAGCGGCUUAGCUCAGAGGCAUCAGAGGCUCUUCUCCCUGCUGGACAGGUUCAGGGCAACCAUCGCGGAACAUUCUACUAGCCCAGGGCCGCCGGUCACCCCGCAUCCCCUGGACGGAGAACCUUCUCCAGCCCCAGAGACGGUCAUCCCAGACAAGGAUUGGUACCUGGCACUGGUCAAGUCCCAGUGCAGUGUGCACACUGACAUUGCCCUGCUGGAAACCACUGAGCUGCUCACCAAACUGCCCCAAGCAGAUCUCUCCUCCAUUAUGAUGUGCAAGGAGUUUAACCUGAACCUGCUGUCGCCGUGUCUGAGCGUGGGGGUGCAGCGCCAGACCCAGGAGCGUGGGAGUGUCCUCCUGGAGACCACCCUGCAGGUCACCCUGGAACACCUGGCCAGGACUGUGCAGCUCCUGCCCGUUCCGCACCAGCCCUUCCCCCCCCCCACCGACCAAGUGACCUCCGACACUAUGACGUCCACCUACUGGGACAAGCUGGCAGACGUCUUCAGUGAGCUCGUGUUCUACCAGACUGUCAUGAGCCUGUGCAGGGCUAUCAGUCAGUAUCUGCUGUCGUUGUCCAAGCUCCCUGCUUCCCAGCAGAUCCCUGCAGACAAAGAGGCUCUAAUGGUCAACUUUGCGGUGCUGGCCCUGGAGUUGGUGCUGUGGCGCCUCCUACAGGACCAGCCCAUGCUAACCGUGGACGUAGAGGCGGCCCUGUCCUGCUGCUGCCUGACCCUGCAGCAGCCCGGCCUCUGGGCCCACCUCGCCACCGCCUCACAUUCCAGUCAGGCCUGCUCCCUCAUCCGCUGCGUGCGGCUACUCAUCGAAGCAGUGGCGGUGGAACCUGGGGACCAGCUCCUGCGACCUGAGAGGAAGAAGACGACCUCGGACAGAGGCAGCGAGGAUGAUCAGGUGGAUUCCGCGUCCCCAGCCGGGGUGUGCGUCAGGAGUGCAUGUGAGGUCACAGCGGAGCUAGUGGAGGCACUUCAGAGCGUGCUGGCGCUGGGCCACCCCAGGAGCAGCCGGAUCCCAGCCUUCCUCAUGCCCACGCUGUGCAACAUCAUCAUCAGCCUGGCCAGGCUGCCACUGGUCAAUAGCUACGCCAGGGUGCCCCCACUGGUCUGGAAGCUGGGCUGGUCCCCCAGGCCGGCUGGAGAAUUUGGCUCAGCCCUCCCAGAAAUCCCUGUGGAGUUCCUGCAGGAGAAGGACGUCUUCAGGGAGUUCCUCUACCGCAUCAAUACCCUGGGGUGGAGCAGCCGGACGCAGUUCGAGGAGACCUGGGCAACGUUGCUGGGAGUGCUGGUCACUCAGCCCAUCACCAUGGACCAUGGAGAUGAGAACCAGCAGGAGGAGGACCUGGAGCGGACACAGAUCAACGUGCUCGCGGUCCAGGCCAUCACGUCUCUGGUGCUGAGCGCCAUGACGCUGCCCAUCGCCGGGAACCCGGCAGUCAGCUGCCUGGAGCAGCAGCCCCGCAACAAGACCCUGAAAGCCCUGGACACUCGGUUUGGUAGGAAGCUAUGCGUGAUCCGCGGUGUCGUGGAGCGUGAGAUCCAGGCCAUGGUGUCCAAGCGGGACAACAUCGCCACUCAUUUCCCCUACCAGGCCUGGGAUCCCGUGCCGUCUCUGUCCUCCUCAUCUACAGGUACCCUGAUCAGCCAUGAGAAACUGCUUCUCCAGAUCAACACCGAGAGGGAGCUGGGAAACAUGGAGUACAAACUGGGCCAGGUGUCCAUCCACUCGGUCUGGCUAGGCAACAACAUCACACCCCUGAGGGAGGAGGAGUGGGGGGAGGAUGAGGAGGAUGAGACGGACACCCCAGCGCCGGUGUCACCGCCUACCUCUCCCAUCAACUCCAGGAAACACCGUGCCGGUGUGGACAUUCACUCGUGUUCCCAGUUCCUGCUGGAGCUCUACAGCCAGUGGAUCCUGCCCAGCAGCCCAAGCCACAGGAAAACCCCGGUGGUGCUGAUCAGCGAGGUGGUACGUUCGCUGCUGGCCGUAUCCGAUUUGUUCACGGAGAGGAACCAGUUCGAGAUGAUGUACAACACGCUGACUGAGCUGCAGAAGGUCCACCCUGCUGAAGACGAGAUCCUCAACCAGUACCUGGUGCCGGCAAUUUGCAAGGCUGCUGCCGUUCUGGGCAUGGACAAGGCGACCGCAGAGCCUGUGUGUCGUCUACUGGAGGCCUCGCUCCGCAGCACCCACCUGCCCAGCCGGAUCGGAGCUCUGCACGGCGUCCUAUACGUGUUGGAGUGCGACCUCCUGGACGACACCGCCAGGCAGCUCAUCCCCUCCGUCUCCGAUUACCUGCUGUCCAACCUGCGCUCCAUCGCUCACUGUGUGCAGCUGCACAACCAGCAGCACGUGUUGGUCAUGUGCGCCGCUGCCUUCUACAUGAUGGAGAACUACCCGCUGGAUGUGGGCUCGGAGUUUACUGGCGGGGUUAUCCAGGUUUGUGGGGUGAUGGUGUCGGCCAAUGAGGAGUCCACGCCCUCCAUGGUGUACCAUUGCGUGUUGCGGGGCAUGGAGCGCCUCCUGCUGUCAGAGCAACUGUCCCGGCUAGACUCCGAGGCCCUGGUCAAGCUCAGUGUGGACCGAGUCAACAUGUCAAGCCCGCACCGGGCCAUGGCCGCCUUGGGUCUGAUGCUCACCUGCAUGUACACGGGUAAGCAGGGUAUUCCUGUUGCGGAGGCGGCAGCAUGCGCACGGGAUCCUGUGGUGCCAUGUCACCCCUCCCCCCGCUUCCCUUUACCCCCAGGGAAGGAGAAAUGCAGCCCCGGGCGAGUCACCGACACGGAGCCCGCAGCCCCCGACAGCGAGUCCAUCAUUGUGGCUAUGGAACGCGUGUCUGUGCUCUUUGACAGGAUCCGGAAGGGCUUUCCUUUUGAGGCCCGCGUGGUCGCCCGCAUCCUGCCUCAGUUCUUGGAUGACUUCUUCCCCCCACAGGACGUUAUGAACAAGGUCAUCGGAGAGUUCCUGUCCAAUCAGCAGCCAUACCCACAGUUCAUGGCAGCAGUGGUCUACAAGGUGUUCCAGACACUGCAUGCCACGGGCCAGUCGUCCAUGGUGCGGGACUGGGUCCUGCUCUCCCUGUCCAAUUUCACACAGAGGACCCCGGUGGCCAUGGCCAUGUGGAGCCUCUCCUGCUUCUUUGUCAGCGCCUCCACCAGCCAGUGGAUCAGCGCCCUCCUGCCGCACGUCAUCAGCCGCAUGGGCAAGUCUGAGCUCGUCGACGUCAACCUCUUCUGCCUGGUAGCCAUAGACUUCUACAGGCACCAGAUUGACGAGGAGCUUGACCGCCGGGCCUUCCAGUCGGUCUUCGAGGUGGUCGCCUGCCCAGGCAGCCCCUACCACCGGCUGCUCGGCAGCCUGCAGAACAUCCACCGGGUCACCACCUUCUGAGGGCCACCUGAGCCACGAGCCAACAGGGAGCGCCGGCCUCCCAUCUGAGUGACCACUAGGGGGCAGGAGAGGGCAGGGGGCUGCAUCUGUGUGCCUCUGCCUUCAAACUCACCCCAAGACCCCCCCGAAAGAAAGAUUCCCUCUUAGCACCACUAAAACUCUCCGGUUCUUAAUGCUUUUUGGCUCAGCUUGAUCCACUUCCCCCGGCAUGGACUCAACACUACUGUGUAAGGAGCUCUCUCUCUCUCGCUCUCUCGCUCUCUCGCUCUCUCGCUCUCUCUCUCUCUCUCUCUCUCUCUCUCCCCCUGUCCCUCGGUACUUGAAACUGAAGCUCUUGUGAAUGAAAAAUGAAUCCUGACAUUCCCUUUAAGGGGGAGCUUGAGUCAGACCUGUAGGGUUAAGCGCCUAUAGUUAAAGAAAUUACUAUUUUUGAGUGUGUUUUGUUACUGAAGACUAAAUUGAACUCUAUAUGACUGGCCAGAAAAGCACUAUAAACCCUGCCUGAUGUCCACAGUGGUCAAACUUGUAUUUUUUUAAUCGCUUCAUAAUUUCUCUCUGUCCUUUUAAAAUGUCCAGGUCUCCGUAAUUCCUUUAAAUCUCUGGAUAGCCAUAGACAGCUGGGACUGUGUUUAACCGCAAUCCUCCCCUGGCCGGUUGCAAUCAUUCCCUGUAUGCAGUUACCCAGCACAAUACAUGUGUCUGUCUCUGCAUCCUUGGGGUGGGAGGGGGGGCACAUACUAAAUCAGAGUUGCUUCUUUUGUCUUGUCUUUUUUUUUUGUUUUUUUUAUUUUUAAUUCUCAGGACGUAAGAAGAGAUUAUACUGACUGGAAGUGUCUUUUAAUGGAAACCUUUCUAUAUCAUGUAUAGUCUGUACAAUUGUAAAACCUGUGCUGCAUGAGAUCUGUGUUUUAAAACAAAAAAGGAAAAAGAAAGAGUGGAGGAAGAGUAGGGGAAGAUGAAAGCUGGUACUGAGCGCGACUGUUUCCUAGGAUGUUUCUGUCGUGGCCCUCGGUCCUGCAAUCUAUAACUCACUGCGCCAAGCAAUAAACAAACUGCUGCACCCGGUAUGGCUAACCCUCUAUCACGAACCACAAGCCUCCGUUCGGAGCCACGUUGACGUGAGAUUUGCGGCCUGACUGGAUUACCUGUAAAUACAAGUACUAGCUACGUAAAUUGAUUACUUUGUGUAUAUUAGAGCUGCAGCAUGCUACGAGUCCGCUUUUGAACGGAAAUGGAUAUUUUUUUAGGUUGCAUCGGUCUCAGAAAGAGGCUACUUCGGUAGUGAAAGAAUGUUCCGGGGGUUUGCGUUGCCUGUAACCUGGAGGAUCGUCACUGUCGCUUGCUGCAGUGUUCGCAAAUCCGCCUCACUCCACUUCUUUGAAGCUUUAAGCUGCAGUUCCUCAGUUCAGACUCGUACCGGAGCCCCUGCUUCACCUUAGUCACCAGAUUAAGUGCCUGUUAGCGCUUAAACAUGGAAUCUACACAGAGCUGCUGCCGUCUCUAAUCGUGUUGCUCAGUGGAAAUCCGUAGCAGCAGAUUUAUUGGAUGCAAAGUUGACGUCAUGGCAAGAUGAUCUAUAUUUUGUUUUGUUUUCAACACCUGUAAGAGUGGUCAUUUCAUGGUAGACACUGAAAUUGUGCGACACUGCACUUUGGAAGCUCUUUCCAACUGUAUAUUUCGAAUUCAAGCAAGGCUUUCAAAAUUGCUCAGUUUUAGCUGUGGAUUAACUUGUGGGUAAUCCCCUUAAUGACUCUAGUCAGAGAUUGUAAGCUGCAGCUUCUUUGAAAUUAAACCAUGUGGCUCGUCCGACCUCUGUAACAAUACUGGAGAUUGUUUUCCUCAUUCCAUCGGGGUCCUGAAUCCCUCAUUUUUGAAAUGUGAAGCUUUAAGUUGUUCCCAUAUUUUGGCAGCACAUAUCAUGUUCAGCUGUUUCCUUUUUGCUGGGGGGGGGGGGCCAGGGAUGCGUCUUGUGCGAUGUCGUGGUCGUCGUCGCCGCUCAGACCUCGGACAUUUGUGCCCGCGGUGUUUUUCCUGUGCAAGGCUGUGAAGGGACGAAUCUGGAGCCUUUACACAAGAUUGGUCGCUGUUAUGCUUUCAUAUUACGAGAGAAGAUUGUAUUACAUUUUAUGUCAUGUUUUAACAUUACGUGAAAAAAAAUAUGUAAAACAAUAAAAUGUUUUAAAUUGAA